AUGUCCGAACAAGCCAAGAAGGCGAGAUGCAGUCUUAAGGCUGACUCAUUGCACAUUGGAGGUGCAAAGAGCGUUAGAAUAAUUACAAGAGAGAUGAAAAAAGAAAUGGGGCUCACUCCCCUUGUACCAGAGGUUUUCAAGAAGACACAUGUGAAAAGGAAAGAAAAUGAGUCAGAUCUAGAUGUGUGGGUGGAGAAAAGGACCGAACAAACUUUUUACGUGAAUGAGAAUCUAGAUAGUUCGGCCCAAAUGACACCUGAACUGUCCAGUCAAAUUUGGACAGAAAAAGUGGUAGGGGGAACACACAAUGGUAGAUUCUAUGGUCGAGGCUCUCGAAAUAAUGUACAACGACUCUUGUCAGGCUUAGAAGGUAUUGGAUCGUCACGUCAAGCCGAGGCAAUUGACGGUGUUUUGAUCGCUGCUAUGUCGACACAGAUAGAAAAACUAACAGCAACACUGCAAGAGUCUGAGCGAAAAAGAGUUGCUGAACAAGAAAGCAUGAGUACGACAAUUAAGCAAAUCAAGGAACAAGUGUUGAACCUCGCUCGCCGACCUACAUCUACAUCGUCCCCUAUCGAGGGCACUGACGAUGACCGUGAGGAUGAUGAUGAUUAUAUAGAUUGCACUCCUUGA